GGUCGCGGGACUAUGAAACAAGUUGAAUUUAAAGAAAGUUAAUGAUAAGCUCAACAAAUUAAAAUAAUAAUAAUUACGAAUUGUGAGUACACAGUAAUGUGAAGAAAAUAAUAUGGUGAUAAGUUUUUUGGUAGUGCAAUAAAAUGUCGGAGAUUAAGUUUUAUAAUAGAAAACUAACUAUUGGUUGGUUUCUUGUUAUGGUUGCUAAUUUUCUUUUCGGAGUGUUCGGAGUAAUAUUGUGUACGAUAAAAUUGAAGAACAUCGAUAAUGAAGACUUUCAAAUGGGCUUUUUCAAAUUGUCAAUGGGCUUUGCUGCUUGUAACUUAAUAUUGAGUGUUUUGCUGUUAGUAUCUGUUCUAAAGCGCGACCAAAAAUAUGCCUUUCUAUAUGCACUACUCAUAUUCCUUAGUCUUUUCGCAGCUACUAUCCACAUCGAAAGUAAUACACACAAGGAUUUUACGUUUUUGAUAAUUUUCAUUGUUUUUGCUGCUCUUUGUUUCCUAUGGUUCUGCGUUUACGGAUCCUAUCAGAUAUGGCUUAGAGACAAAAUUCUGGACGCCCAAACGGACAUUGUCUAAGACUUAGAUAAUAAAUUAUUUUUAUUACAUAUGUAUAUGAUGUGUACUUAUCAUUUUUUAUGCUAAAAUAAAAU